UGACCCACCGGACAGGAGAGAGGCACCGCAGUCGACGGCUGGGGACGGCGAUUCUGACGUCCCAGAGCCCGGCAUCCACCCGACCUCCGCUGCCUCACGCCGCCCCGCCCGCCGCGGACCGCCUCGUGCCGCCGAGUGUCGCAGCUCCAGCAGAGCCGAGCGGAGGGUCCGUGCAGCGCGGAGCGUCGCGUCCGGUCCGAUGGAAGUCAGUCAGCCCGUGGCGAUCGUGGCGCUGCCGGCGCGCCGCGAGUCGGCCGCCAGCGCCGCCUCGUCCGACAGCGAGGGCUCGUCGCCGCCCGGGCCCGACGGCCAGCGGUUGGCCGCCGACGCGCAGACGGAUGGCUCGUCACUGUCCGACUGCCGCGACAGCGGCGUCGAGGCCGACGCUUUUGCGCCGCCCGACGCCGACACCUGCCACCGCAUCGUCGAGGCCGUCGAGUUCUAUUUCUCCGACGAGAAUCUGCUGAAGGACGCCUUCCUGCUGAAGCACGUCAAGCGCAACAAGGAGGGCUUCGUCAGCGUCAAGCUCAUCUCCAGCUUCAAGCGCGUCAAGCACAUCAGCCGCGACUGGCGUGCUGUGGCGCACGCGAUCCAGCAGAGCGCCCUGCUGGAGGUGAGCGAGGCGGGCACGAAGGCGCGCCGCCUGCAGCCGCUGCCCGAGCACGAUGAGACCGUCACCAGCCGCACCGUCGUCGCCGUUAACCUGCCGCUGGACAGCCCGACCAUCGCGUCCGUGUCCGAGCUGUUCGGCAGCUGCGGCGACAUCAGCAGCAUCCGCGUGCUCAAGCCGGGCAGCAACAUCCCGGUGGAGGUGCGCGCCGCCUUCAACAAGCAUCCGGACAUCGCGUGGGAGGGCGUCAACUGCGCCGUUGUCGAGUUCGACCUGCAGGAGCAGGCUCGCAAGGCUAAGGAGACGAUGGGCUGCAACGAUCCGGAGGACACCGCCGGCAUGCACAUCAUCCCGAUCGGCAAGGUGAGCAACAAGAAGAAGUCGCGCCAGGACGAGCAGAACGUCACAAGCCGCGAGGAGGAGAUCAGCCUCGUCGGCUGCCUCACGGCCGAGGCGCAGAAGAAGCGCCGCCAGCGGCGCAAGAAGAUGCCGCUCGAGCACUCGGACAGCCGUGGCUCGAUGUCCGGCACCGACGGCGAGUUCAGUGCCCCGUCGUCUCGUCGCUCGACGCCGCCGCAGGGCUCGCCGCUGCUCUCCCAGCUCCCCCCGCUGAUGGGCCCGCUCCCCCCGCUGCUGGGUCAGCCUCCCCCGCUGCUGAGUCAGCCUCCCCCGCUGCUGAGUCAGCCUCCCCCUCUGCUGAGCCAGCCUCCCCCGCUGUUGAGCCAGCCGCCGCCGCUGUUGCCGCUGCCGGCCGGCCUGGUGCCCCGGCGGGCGUCGCCGCCCAGCCGCGGCAGCUCCGUCUUCGCCUCCACUGACAUCCGCCUACAGGCUGACGGCGGCGCCGGCGCGACCCGCGCCGCGCCCACCGCCCGCGCUAAGAAGACGUCGCCGCCGUCCUUCGGCGGUCCGACGCCGCCCGGCACGUGCCCCUGGGUGCAGCGGCGCAAGGCGUCGGGCGCGCUGGACGGCGACCGGCGUGGCUCGCUCGUCACCCAGGAGAACGUGGUGCGCGCGCCGCGCGGGCCCGACGGCACGACCGGCUUCACGAGUGCCCUACGUCGUCGCUCGCAGCCGGCUGUCGCCGCCGUCGCCGCCCAGGCCUAACCUCCCGCCGCGCACGGCUGUGAUGAGGGGCGAGCAUGCUGUGAUAGAUUGUACCGUGCACCAGCCUUCGGCCACUCCGCGAAACGCUGGGAUCGCGUGGAAGCGCGAGUUGCCCGUGCACUGAGUUGUGGUACAAGUACUCGGAUCCUUGCCCGACCUUGUUCUUUUAAGAAGAUGUUGACAUGUUUAUAUGACGUCGUGCCGAAUUUUCGUCGGCACAAUCUAGCGUUGUUUGCGUGUUUGGUGAAUGCUGCGGUCUGCUUGUAUGGGUGCGGAGAAGCUAGAGUGAGUGUAAGUUAUUGUAUUUUCGCCGGUGACUGGUUCAUCUAUGGGGCGAUGUGAACAAUUAUCGCAGCUGGCCUGUGUCGGAAUACACAUCCGUUCUUCUCAA